UCGUCGAUUAGCUUGUUGUGUACCUUCGACAAUAUCGAUGGGAGCAUGGAGUCUCAAACGUGUUGCGUAUAGGACUCAAUACUGCGCAGGAAAGGCAUUCCAAAAGUAGGCUGUCAACAUAAUGACGGAUUUCUGCAGUCCUCGAGGUCCCCGCAGUACAUCCUUCAGGGGAUUCCUCGGAAUUUGUGGUUUUGCCUUGUCAGCUAUGUACCAUGAUGUUUUUUCCGAUUGCCUCAGUUCACCAGAGAGAUGCUGCAUUGAUUGCCGCAGAGCGAGCAGCGGUUGGUUGAUACGCAAGGCUGCCUGUCUUUUGGCCAAUGCCCUGUUGUCCUACACAACACCUGUCACCGCCACGCCGUCGUCAGGGGAUGCUUCUGUUAUGCUCAUCUUCUGCGCGCGGGCAUUCCUGGCACAUUUCUUGAUCUCAGAUAUCCGUUUAUCAACAGAUGGCUGCCAUCCUGAAUGUGGUACAUUAUCGUAAGCACCUAUAGGGUUUUUGACCACUGCGCGGCCAUC